CUGUGAUUAUGGGAAUUCUCCAAGAACCACAUAUUCAUAUUCAUUACAGUGAAAAACAUAGUCAAACUAUAUAUACGAAAAUAUGAUGGGGAGUGAAAGUAGUGUGAAGCUUCCACCUGGGUUUUACUUUUCUCCAACAGAUGAAGAACUAGUCCUUCAUUUUCUAUAUUCCAAGGCUUCUUUACCAUAUCAUCCUAACAUCAUACCUCAACUUCACUUGUCUCAAUAUCAUCCUUGGGACCUAUACGGUAAAGCAUUAUCAAGUGGAAAUCAACACUACUUUUUCACCGAAGAGAAGGAAAAUAGAAGCACUGAAAAUGGAUAUUGGAAGGAAAUUGGAGUCACAAAACCUAUAAGUAAAUUGGGAAUAAAGAAGUAUCUUGUGUUCAACCUUGACCAAGGAAGUGAAACCAGUUGGGUAAUGGAAGAGUAUCAUAUUUCUGAAUCUGAAUCUUGGGAAAGACCAAAUCAUGAUGAGAGUUGGAGCAAAUGGGUUUUAUGCAAAGUGUAUGAAAAGAAUAUGUCACAACAAGGUGCAAGCUGUUGUCAUAGCGAUGAUGAUAAUGAAUCAGAGGUGUCAUGGCUAGAUCAAGUUUUUAUGUCGUUAGAUGAUGAUGAUUUUGAUCAAACAAACCUACAUAAUUAAUUAACUAAUUAGCUUCAAUAUAUUGUAUAUAUUACUUGAUAUUAAUAUUAAAGAUUAAAUAUCUUUUUGUUCUCCAUAAAUAUUUUAUUUA